AUGAAUGAGAGACUGUCGGAAUAUAAGUCUAACGAUUUGAUAGGACUUGAUGAAUUAGUCGAAUAUGCAAAGUUAGAAGACUUAAUUUUUAAAUGUGAUCCGGCCAAUCUCGAAACAAUAGGAAACGUGAUUAAAAAAUACGAUGAAUCUAUAAUACGGCAACUGAUAUUUUAUUGCGCAGAAGUUAGGAGAUCAGAAUUCCCAUUUUUAUUGAAAAUUUGGAAAAUGCUACCACCAACAUCAAAAAAGUACCCUAAAAAUGCAUUUGUAAAGUAUUUAUGCCAAAAGGGACAACUUCCUUACACAUCGAACACUUACAAAAACUAUGAAAGAAUAGUUGAAAGGAAUUCAUUAGAAGAAAUCAUCUACAACCAUGAUUUUGAUAAGUUUGUAUCUUACUAUGAUUCAUGUACUAAUAUUGAAGAAAAAACUUUUACUUUUGGCUAUGAAAUUUAUAAUGUCUUCCAAUUUGCGGCAUUUUGCAGAUCUGUUAAUAUUUUCAAGUACCUUGUUCUUGAGGGAUGGAAAAUUGAUGAAUCUGUGGCUGAAAGCGCUGUUUGUGGUGGUGAUCUUCAAAUUAUUUCAAUUUGCAUGGAAAAUGGAAUAAAUAUGAUUAAUUUUUUGCCACAAGCGAUUGAGUACCAUCACAAUGACAUUGUUGAGUGGAUGAUUAAUAAUUUUCCAAUAACUCAGUCAAUUAACUACUUAUCGCCUGCUGCUGAGUCAUUUAAUACCACUGCUUUCAUUUACUUCUUCGGAGAGUAUUUUGAUGCAGCAAAAAAGUCAAAUUCCCAAGAAAUUUUAAUGAUUUGGGCGAAAGGACUUAAUGUCAAUCUUCGAACACUGUUCAAUGAAAACCAUCCACUUAUUGUUGCAGCAAGUGCUGGAAAUUUCGAAGUUGUAAAGUUUUUAAUUAAAAAUGGAGCAAAUCCAUAUUUAGAGGAUUCAAGAGGAACCACAAUUGCAACAUAUGCUAAUAUAUAUGAUUGCAAUAUGAUGAAAGAGUACUUAAAGUCAUCUAUUGACAAAAAACCAACGAUUGUUAAUAUUCGUAUCCAAGAUGAUCUUGAUUAA